GGCUGCCCCCCGAGUGCUCCGGCACCAGGCGGCCAUCACGCGCAGCCGGCGAGCCGGGGUGCAGGAAAUCACUGCCCGCUGUCCGCGCAAGGGCGUCCGCUCGUGAAACCGCACAGGCUGGGGCACCCCAGCCGGAGGCCUUGGCCCUGGCCUUCGUUCUUUGUCACCUGUGCGCCCGCUGCACACGUCGUUUGGGUGGGACAGGAGACCACCCCGGAGGGUACCGUGUGCCUCGAUCCCCUGAGGAACGAUGACGGAAUAUAAACUCGUGGUGGUGGGCGCUGGAGGUGUGGGGAAGAGUGCCCUGACCAUCCAGCUCAUCCAGAACCACUUCGUGGACGAGUAUGACCCCACCAUCGAGGACUCCUAUCGGAAGCAAGUGGUUAUUGAUGGCGAGACGUGCCUACUGGACAUUUUGGAUACGGCGGGCCAGGAGGAGUAUAGCGCCAUGCGGGACCAGUACAUGCGCACUGGAGAAGGCUUCCUCUGUGUGUUUGCCAUCAACAAUACCAAGUCCUUUGAGGACAUCCACCAGUACAGGGAGCAAAUCAAGCGAGUGAAGGACUCCGAUGACGUGCCCAUGGUGUUGGUGGGGAACAAGUGUGACCUGGCCGCGCGCACCGUGGAGUCCCGGCAGGCGCAGGACCUUGCCCGCAGCUACGGCAUCCCGUACAUCGAGACGUCGGCCAAGACUCGCCAGGGUGUGGAGGACGCCUUCUACACGCUGGUCCGAGAGAUCCGGCAACACAAGGUGCGGAAGCUGAGCCCGCCCGACGAGGGUGGCCCCGGCUGCAUGAGCUGCAAGUGCCUGCUCUCCUGACGUCCCCUCCGCGUCCACCCUGGCGGCCCGCUGGCCCUCUGUGCCCCACGAGCACAGGCACGGGGUCCGGAGGUGCCGGAUGCCGGGAGGAGGUGCGGACGGAGGACGGAGGAGGGGAAGGAAGGAAGGAAGCACUCCCGGAGUCCGGCCAGCCCCGGGCUCUCUGGACAGAGUGACCGCAGACCUCCCAGGACGCUUUGCACGGACUGUCGUGAACUGACGCCACCGGCACCCCGCUGUUACUCUCCUCCCAGCCCCGUCCUGGCCCGCUGGGCACAGGCUGAGUUGCAGUAAAUUAUUUGAUGGUCUUGA